GAACGCCGUGACGUCAGUCGGCGUGGCGCACGCGGAUUGAGCGGUGACUGCGCGCGCAGCUGGGCCUGAGGUGCGAGUUGAGCGUGAGCGAAAUUUCGCUUGGACGGCUGUAAUGAUGGCAGCCGAUGCAAAGGGAAAGAGAAGGGGUUCAAGGCAGCCAAAAUGUGCUUUCUGUAAACUAAAUAAAGAGGAACAUUGUGGCCAGUUAUUAAUUGCCCAAAGCCAGAAGAUGGCAGCACAUCACAGAUGUAUGUUAUUUUCAUCUGCUCUAGUGACCUCACAUUCUGAGAAUGAAACUCUUGGAGGCUUCUUGCUUGAGGAUAUUAAGAAGGAAAUAAAAAGGGGAAAUAAACUGAGCUGCUCGUGCUGUCACCGUCCAGGGGCGACAAUUGGAUGUGAUGUAAAAACUUGUCGUAGAACUUACCACUACUAUUGUGCAAAACUUGAUCAAGCUCAAAUAAAGGAAGAUCCAUCUCGGGGAAUAUAUUUGAUUCUCUGCCAAAAACAUAAAGAAGGUGCAGAGGAUUCCAGUGACGAUGGUCUCCCAGGAAACCUGACAAUGUGUCCGACAAGUCAUCGUAGAGGUGUACGGGGAGGACCCAGAGGAAAACGAAGACUUCCUAACUCAAAAGACGAGUCUGAUGAUGACAUGUCUACUUCCUCCCAAGGAAAAGAUGAAACGAGUUGCAGUUCCUAUCAGGAGCGAUCUCCUCACUGCAGCAGUCCCACUAUUACAGGACCAAAGUGUGGAUUCUGCCAUGCUGGAGAUGAAGAAAAUGAGACCAGAGGAAAACUCCACACCUCAAAUGCUAAAAAAGUUGCGGCACAUUACAAAUGUAUGCUAUUUUCCUCUGGUACUGUCCAACUCACAACUUCAUCGAGAAAAGAUUUUGGUGAUUUUGAUAUUAAAACAGUCAUCCAAGAAAUCAAAAGAGGCAAAAGAAUGAAAUGUACAUUAUGCAGUCAAAUAGGUGCAACUAUUGGCUGUGAAAUUAAAGCUUGCAUCAAGACUUACCAUUACCACUGUGCAGUUGAAGAUCGAGCUAAAUUCAUUGAGAAUCUUGACAGAGGCAUCUACAGGCUUUAUUGUAAAAACCACAGUGGAAAUGAUGAGCGGGAUGAGGAGGACGAAGAAAGAGAAAGUGUCUCACGUUGUGCAAGAGAGCAAGAAGCGGAUCAUCGAGAGAAAAACUAAAGGAACCUUGGAUACAGAAAGUGCCAAGAAAAUGCCUGUGGACUGAGUGGAAGAGGCUGGUAUAUUAAGCUGAAACAGCGAAUAAGGUUGUGAAGACCAUAAAAAAUAAUCCAAAGAUCUUUCAAGAAAAUAUUAUCCUGGCAAUACUCCUCACUCUGUGUGGAAAUAAUAUAGUGAAAUAGCUUAGUGAAUAUACCUGCUUUCUUUCUGGGAUGUUCUGGAAGUGGAUUAUUAGAAUAUCUAUGACAUCCUUUUCUGCAUUAGAAUGAAAUACUUGUUUUAGUGAAUUUAACUCUAUGGGGCAUGUUGCCUUGCCUGUACUCUACGUUAUGAAGGCUCUGAGAGGAAACACGGCUUAACAUGUAUGAUUUUGACACACCUGGAGUUCAAGAGUUGGAAAUUAAAAUCUCCAGUUCAGUGAUUGGAAAAAGACAUUUUCACCAACACCUUGAUUUAGCACUGGUUUUCAAGUUGAACUAUAAGAAUUUAUGGUUUUGUUCUCAACAAUAGUCUGUUUAGUGAAGUGGUACAGAUGUUGGUAGUGGUAGGGGAUUAUGCUGGGCAAAGCCAGGUGUCAGGCUGAAAAUCAAACUACUUCCUCACACAAUUGUAAAUUGAAUGUGAAUCCUAAGCCUGUAAAACUUUUUUGUGUGAACCAGUUCUCGUGCACCAUCUGGAAAUUAUUGCUAGAAAUCUAGGAUACAAAGAGUAGAUAAGACAGUUCCCAAGUUUUUGAUGUCUCCUGCAAGAAAUUGUUCCAGUUAUUAUUGGGUGGAAUGUAAUCGAUUUUCAUAAACCGCUGACUGAGCUUGCAGUCUUAUUGUUUACUGUGGUCUAAUUUAUUCAAUAAAAUGUGGCCUGGUCUUCUGAUAAACACACUUUUGCAAUAACCUCAACAAUUGGCAUCGAUUAAAUCAUGGUUUAGUGUAGGUGUUGAAGUGUGUGUUAAAUGUUUUACUGAAAAAUUGAAGAUGAUUUUGACUAUUGAACAGCUUUUGUAAGGUGUAUUAUUUCCAUGUUAAUUUUCUUUCUGUAUUGUGAUUUCCCUUAAAGUUAAGUUGUAUAAACUGUAAAAGUUAGCAUUUAAAAUUAAACAAUGCUAGAGGAUUAAUUUACUUCUGAUGAACAAGCAGUGCUGUUUGUCUUGAUUUCUUACCAAUACAUAUUGGUGUUAGAAGUGGGUGCCCGGAUAAUUUGCGGCAAAACUUUUGUGUCAGCAUUGGAUGCACUGUGUUUGUCUCUAUAGUCGGUGGUUAGGUGUUAGAUAGUAAUAAUUGUUUAAAUAUAUUUUGAUUGUCCUUGAUGCUUAAAGGAACCUGAUUACUGAUCUCUCAAUUUCACAUGUUCUAUCACAUGCCCAGGUGAAUAUUUUACUUAAUUUUACCAGCACCUGGAUCUUUAGGCUAUGUAAUGUUAGUCAAAAUAAAUGAUGCUUCCGGUAAAA